ACAGUUUACCACACAAGUUUGGAUCUUAUUCAUCAUUUCUACGUGAACGCUCAUUCCUGUUUACAGUAUCGACGUACGUCGUACGCGCCGUCGCCGCAACGACACCGUACGACCUGUCGCGCCACUCGCCUCUCAUGAACAAUGCAGCAUACGUGGAUAGACCCGAUCCCAGCUCUCUCAGCGAACUCGCCACCAACCUGACGCGCGCCAUGAGCAACGUGCUCCAGUUCAACAAGAUCCUGCAAGGCGAAGUUGCCGUCACGAGGAUAUCAGCCACCAGCGAGGGGUGGUUAGCGAUCACCUACCAUGUUGCGAUACAGGCGAAAGUAUUCCAACCACCUCAGCGAAGGAAGCGCCAGAGCCAAGAAGAGCCUCCGGAUCGUCCUGAUAUAGGCACGGAGGCCUAUCAUGUGCAGAUGCUUGACGGUUGGCUCUCCGAUUGGCUGGCAGGCAAUGCCAGCACGCUCGCCGGAUACAACAUCACGGAAGUGGAAGUGCUCAGCUGCACGGCGUGUCAGCCGGACUGGACGAUGUUGGGCACCAGCAACCUCACCUGGCCGCGCACGGAGGUCGGAGGCGUGGCCGUGCCCGACCAGAUCUGUGUGUCAAAGCUGGAACGGUCGGCCUUCGUCGCUUGCCUCGGUAAUCGACACGGUUGGAGCGUACUGGGGAGAGAUCAGUCAGAGCGCGGACUCGUGUGGACGCCGUGUCCAACCCACGGCGGCACGCUAGCGAGCCCUGCGUGCAGGUUUAGAGGCAUCUGUGUCAACACACGUGCCAUCACGGUGCACGAUCAUGUGCCAAUGCACGUUGCUCAUCACGUGCACAUCACGUUGUUACACGACGACGAACGAGGAAGAGUUUUGACCGUCGAUGGCGGCUGCCGGCGAGUCUGA